CCAAACAUUAGUGUUUGGGGAAACUGUGUGUAGUAGCAACAGCGUCGUGUCUAACGUGGUUUGGAAAAAACGCGGGCUAGUUGUGAUGGUUACACGGCUUCAUGUCUGCAACCGUUAUGGAGACCGAGUCCCGGGACGAGAGCAAGACCGUGGUUGUGUCCGGUGUCCCCGGUGUGUUAACCGUGAGCAGGAUGGUUGACAAGCUGACUAUUCACUUCCAGAGCCGCCGGAGGAGUCACGGAGGAGACGUCGAGGUGGUCACAUACCCCACCAACAUGGAGGGAGUCGCCUACGUCACUUUUGACAAAGCUUCAGAUGCAGAGAACGUGGUUCGAAAGGAGCAACACAUCAUGACGGACAAUGAGUUUUCUGAAGACUACCUUCUCACUGUGUUCCCCUUAAGCGGAGAUGUGUUUUUGUAUGUCUCCAGCGCUAAGGUGGAUCUCUCCGUAUUUGGCAGCGAUCAAGCGUCACUGAUUCGGAGUCUGCGUUCAGCUCACAGGUCGCUACGUUUCCAGCCUUUGCCCCACCGAAGGAAAGCCACCAUUGAGGGGCCUUUCGCUGCCAUCGAGGCCCUGAGAGAGGACCUCAUCCGCAGGGCCAGUCAGCUUAACGCCACAGUCUCAGCCCCAACUGCCACUGCCGGGCUAAGAGAAUCUCCUCUUAAUCCGAGGGUAAUAUCUCAUCACAAGUUUGUCAGCUCUGUAAGCUGCAGCGGUUCUAAAGCUAAGCGGGGACCAGCGGACUCGAACAGCUUAUCAACACCGCUGCAGAGCACAGGUGAGGCAACUCAAGUCCAAAGCCUGCGCUCAAACACAGAAACUCAAAACACUUCCUCGAGGCAGAAAGUUUCCUCGACUGUACGGAGCUUUGCUGUCACAGACAGUGUUGAAGGGGAAAGGCUGAGAGCUCGUUCCAUGCUUAAAAGCCCCACAGAAUAUAGAACCAAGACAAGUCCCAGACAAGUGUUAGGGGAGGAGAUCAAUGCAGGGAUUAGAUCUUCCUUAUCAGGCCUGGACUUGUUCCCUGCAGAGGAAAUAUCAGCAAAUCAUCCAGGAGUAGACGAUAUUUCACAAAAACACACCAGACCAAACAGGAUUUCAGCAACCGAGACCAGAGAGGAGAAUCAUCUGAGCUCCCGCCACAACAACAGAAGGGACUAUCUGAAAGACUCAGAUCAGAGCAGCUCAGCAGUCACCACUGAUCGACUCCAGACCAGACUUAAAAAUGUCUUGUCGUCCUCUGAGAGCAGCACCGAGGAUUCAGAAGUGCUGUCUGCAAUCUGUCCAAAGGAUCCGGAGGAUACGAGCAUCUGGGUCGACUCACACACAUACAGAUACAUUGAACAAUUUGACAGGAAGGAGUUAGACAGAUGCUUGAGAGGUCUCAAGGUGUGUGGUGUGUGCACUGAGGGAACCGACCUCAUGCGAAUAGUGUUGACUGAGAAGCAGACCUCCGAGGCGACCUCAACGACCCAGCAGGCCGUGAAAGACGUCGAGGCUUUGGUGGAGGGUUGGAUGUCGAUCUUAAGAGUUCAUCAGAUCCCGUAUGACGAGGAGAAGCAUCCUCGGAAACAGAAACUCCUUCAGAUGUGUAAUGAUGUGAAUGCCCUGUUCGAUCUUCCUGUUCUUUAUAUGAUCGAGGACUCUUGCAUAAAAGUGGUCGGUCCCUCAGAAUCUAGUUACAUUUUCUAUAAGAGAGUGGAGCAUAGACUCAACUCAAAGACAUACUUGUAAAUCACUCUGAAUCUUAAUAGCUGGAGCUAAAACAAAUUAAUGUACUUCAUUCAGUGGCCACAGGGUGGCGCAGUCGAGCUGCGCGUUGAUUCCUGUACGGUUUGUGUAUGAAAUCAACAUCUGUCUUAUUUAGUUCUUAUGUCACAGCCACAGUUGUGAUUCCUGUGGUGCACUGGUAGAUAAUUAGAGUAAUAUAAAUUAAUAAAUCUGUGUCUAUUACAUAUCUGCUUCAGAAUACGCAUGUGAAGUACUCUUAUUAAAUUAAAUUAAAAAACAUAAAACAUC